GUUUUCACACGACUCGCAAAUGAUGCAACGUGAACGUGUGCGUGGCAUAUAUGAUUUCCUGUGUACUUUUUAUCUUGUCUUUGAAUGUAAAACUUGUACACAACUAUGCAUGGAAAGCAAGAAUGAAUGAAGUUAGCCACAUUAGGAGUCCAUUAGUCAGAGCAGUGUAUCAACGUUUGAAGGAAGACGAGAGACAACGGAAUGACGAUCAUCAUUAUUGGUACAGUUUUGACAGAGCCAGAGUGUCAGCUGAUGUUUGCGAGUGCUUCAUUCAGUUCCAUCAGGAUGCAGAAACAGAGCAAUUCCUGUCCGACUGUUACGAGAAAGCUGAUUGGAUAUUUACACAGCUUUAUCACUCUAUUGCCAAGUCCAUCCUCAGUUGGUUCAUGACCAGCACUUCAAUCAAUGGACUUCUCCAGCGAGGUUCAAUGUUUGUCUUCUCUGAUGAACAGCUGAGGCAGCUUUUACAGGUUGGAGUGGGAUGGGAAGGACAGAACAUGCUAGAUCUUGGUGCAGGAGAUGGACGUGUGACGGAAAAAAUGGCCAAAUACUUCAGACAGGUUUAUGCCACUGAAGUUUCCUCUACAAUGGUAUGGAGACUGCAGCAGAAGAACUACAAAAUCUUGGGGCUAGAUGAAUGGGACAAUGGUAGCAUUUCCUUUGAUUUGAUUAGUUGCCUUAACCUCUUGGACAGAUGCAACAAGCCAAUGACAAUUCUCCACUCUAUAAGGAGGGUGCUGACACCUGGUGUUGGAAAAGCUAUAGUGGCAGUGGUGUUGCCAUUCAAACCAUAUGUAGAACAAGAUUCAAAGGACCACUCACCUGAGGAAAAUUUGCUGAUUCAGGGACAAAGCUUUGAGGAGCAAGUUCAGUUCUUCAUCAAAAAGGUGUUUGAACCUGCUGGUUUUAUCGUAGAAAAAUUCAGCAGACUGCCAUAUCUUUGUGAAGGGGACCUACAUCAAUCAUUUUAUGCACUGGAUGAUGCAGUAUUUGUUAUUAAACCAAACUCUUGAUAAAUAAAAAUCAAGAAUGGUGCAGCAAACUGUUUUAGAUUCACCACCAAGUGCCUGGAUUGUAAUUCCCCCACUUUGAUAAAUCCUGUACAGUUACGUUAGUGCCUUGCCAAUUCCAAUUGCUUCUUCAUGACUGAAGUUGUGUGGAUAACUGGAAACUUAAUAAUCAUAAAAUUGUUUUCUGGAAGCUGUAGGGACUGGAUCAUUGGCAUCCUGAUUAAUGAUAGGCAGUUUUAACUUACUUUUGCCAAAAGUAUGAAAAUUUUUAAAAGUCUUGUCCUGUCCCCAGGUUUUGCUUCGGUAACUUUACACAUAAAUGUAGAAAGUUCUUGGUAAACACUGUACAAGCUCAAUAAUACAUGUACAUACAUAUUGUACAGAACUGUGACUCAAAAUGAUUAUCACUGUGUGUUUGAUACAAGGUUGUAUAUACAUAUAACUGUACAUUUAAGAGCAUCUUAUACACCCUUGCAUAAUUAUGUCUACAAUAUAAUUAAUGAUAAUCAUGAAUCCGAUGCUAUUUUGUCUAAUCUUGAUAUAUUUACAUGCAAGAUUAAUGACUGUUUUCAACUUAUAUUUUAUUAAAUUUUUUUAGAAUAAAA